UUGGGCUGUACACCACACACAGGGAUGAACGAGGAGCAACACUAGGCAUGGAACGAAAUUGCCUCCUUCUCAGCGGCAGCAGCGAAAGACGUCGAAACAGGAGCAACUUUGCAAUUGAUGCGGUAUCUCCUUGCCACGCCGUGCUCUUUUAACUGCACGGAGAGGACGCGGCGAACGCAAAAACUUAAAAAAAUUGGCAACUUUUUUCUUAAGAAUAGCGACGAAGGGACGCGACAUACUGAAGAAGGAAAAAGGAGAUUGAUGUUUGAAUUACUCUCGCAAUGUGACUGUGGCAGUGUGAGAAGCCGGACAUUUGCAAACCAAUGAUUUCCAUAGGAUUGGAUGUUGUCUUGCUGCGGAAAUACUGUAACGCUGUUUUGAGUUUCAGCUAAUAGAACAAGAAAGGAAAACGAGGAUCAAAUCUGUAUCAAAGCAGCCGUGUGUCUGAAAUAGACCCAUGGCAUUCUGAACCGGUCGCACACAAAAUAAAAACUCGCUAUGUGUUUAAAUGUAUGGGCACACUAUUGUAAUUUCAAAAUAUUCUUGCUCCCAGUUUGAAUACAAGCAACUGAAUUGAUGGAUGUUAGCAUAUGCUGCUGAAGACGAAAGUUUUAGCAAGUUAAGCGGAUGGGGGAUGGAUUUAAAAGGCAAACCGUUCCAUCUUUCUACUGAGUGAAUUUGAAAAAGGACUUGACAGACGGCUUGUGGUGAUUUGCGGGCAUGGCUUUAUCAAUCAUUUUAUUCUCGCAGAAUGGAUUUUAAUGGAUAUUGGAACGGCUCACCCUGCAACAGUAGAAGAGUAGCGCGCUAGAUUUGUUUGAAUGAACGCGGAUUGUUGUUUACUUAUAUGAAGUAGCCUACUGGCGUAACCUUGAAAACUUCGGUCCAGUGACACAUCUGGAUUCCAAAGGAGUGGACUGCAAUUUGCUGCCUUUUUUUCAUCUGCAAAUAAUCAUGACCAUUUGAGAAAAGGAGAAAUCUAAAUAUAAAACAGUAUCGAUAAUAUUUAAAACGGACCUGUUUAAAUACUAGACACUGACUCUCCCUUUAGGUUAUCAUGGACAAGAACUACAUUGCUUACCAAAUGGAGUUGUCACUUUUGGUGGUAGCCCUCAUAUCUUGGGUCUCGGUGUGGGCGGACGAUAGCAAGGUGAUUUCAGACAGAUAUGCAGUCUACUGGAACAGCACAAAUCCCAGAUUUCUCCGCGGCGAGUACACGGUCGAGGUGAGCAUCAACGACUACCUGGACAUCUACUGCCCGCACUACGAGGACCCCCUCCCCCAGGAGCGCAUGGAGCGCUACAUCCUGUUCAUGGUCAACUACGACGGCUACACCACCUGCGACCACCGCAUGAAGGGCUUCAAGCGCUGGGAGUGCAACCGGCCACAGAGCCCCAACGGACCGCUCAAGUUCUCCGAGAAGUUCCAGCUCUUCACCCCCUUCUCGCUCGGGUUCGAGUUCCGCCCGGGACACGAGUACUACUACAUCUCGUCUCCGCACCCCAACCUCGUCGGAAAGCCCUGCUUGAAGUUGAAAGUCUACGUCAAGCCAACGAACGACUCUGCGUACGAGUCCCCGGAGCCCUUCCUGACGGACGACAGCUCAGGAGGCUGCUGUGCGGCCGCGCCCUGCCUCUUGCUCAUGAUCGCCAUGUUGCUGACGCUGCUGGCGUCCUCAUAG